AUGGUGGAGCUUCAACCUUAUUGUUCAUUUGAAGAUGUGUGCAAGUUAGCCAUCAAGGUUGAGAAGCAAAAGAAAGUCAUGAAGCACACGAUCUCCAAGACUACAUUCCACAAGGAGUCUCUAUCCUAUAAGAGUCUAACUUUGAGGGAGAUACAAGCUAUUGAAGACUCAUUUCAAGAAGAAGAAGAAGAAAAUAAAGCCCCUAGCCCUGAGUUGACCGAAUCCAAUGAUGAAGAAAAAGAAGUUAUUCAAGGGGCUAAUGAAGGAGAAAUGAUGGUGAUUAGAAGAAAUUGGCAUGUCAAGAACCUUCCUCAUGAAGAACAAAGGUUCAACAUUUUUCAAUCAAGGUACACAAUCAAUGGAAAGGAGGAGAAUGAACCAAGCCCAUUGGUGCAACCUGUACUUACUAUAUUCGAGUACAUAUCUCCCAAUGAGCUUCCACCUAGUCUUUCUCCACCAAGGUGUAUUAAGCACCAGAUUGAUUUGAUUCUAACAGCACCACUUCCAAACAAGCCUGCCUAUAGAUGCAACCUUAAGAAGACUAAAGAGCUACAAAGACAAGUUAAUGAAUUCAUUGAAAAGGGCUAUAUGAGACCUAGCAUGAAUCCUUGCUUGAAAUUGGCAUUACUUGUUCCAAGGAAGGAUGGCACUUAUAAGAUGUGUGUUGAUAGUAAGUGA